UACCUUUGCUGGAGAGUGGAGAGAAUAAAUGAUGAGAAAAAAUAAAAAUCAAAGAUCAGAAUCUGAUAGGCAGAGAAGAAAAGGGCAAGAACAAGAAUGGCUAGGAACAUCUCAUACAUAACAGGCUCCCAGCUUCUCUCACUCAAACGUCGCCCAAACAUAGCCAUCAUAGAUGUCAGGGACGAUGAAAGGAGUUACGAUGGACAUAUAUCUGGGUCUCUCCACUACGCCAGUGACUCCUUCUCUGAUAAGAUCUCCAAUCUCGUUCAACAAGUCAAGGGCAAAGAUACCCUUGUAUUCCAUUGCGCUCUAAGCCAGGUUCGUGGCCCAAGUUGUGCUAGGAAGUUGGUAAAUUAUCUGGAGGAGGUGAAGGAUGAUGCUGGUAUAAAAAAUGUCUUGGUUCUUGAACGCGGCUUCAAUGGCUGGGAAGCUUCUGGUCGACCAGUUUGUCGCUGUAACAAAGUUCCCUGCAAUGGCGAGAUCGCAUCAGGAGUUUCUUAACUGACAUCUGUGCCAGAAGAGAAAAGAAGACAAUAAUUGCAUUGUAUUAUGGACAUUUAGAUACAUUUGAUCUGUUUAAACUACCAUAUACAUCUUCACUUAAGUCAUGUGGUGUGAAUCUGGAAUGGAAGCUUUCAAUAGAUGAACACAUUAAACUUCUUAUUUUGUUAAGAUACCAAAGUUAAUAAACAUAUCAUAAUGAAUGAGAGAAAUGUUGGACAAAGUUUCAAUCCCUCUUCAUUGUAUUUUUCUUUA